CUGUUCCCUGACCAUGGACGAGAAAAGUGUCUGGGUGUGAGAGAGCGAGAAAGACAGACUUGGAGAGUUGGCAUCACCAUAAUGCACAGCACACUAUAAGGAAGGGAGGGGGACAGACGGAGACAAUGGGGGCUGCAGUAUAGGCUACUGCAGUGCAGGUUUGUGGGGUGUUGUUUCUGCGGCUGAAGAGAGAUUUACAUUAGGAUUCUGAGAGACACCUGGCAACCCGUGGCUGAGCUGGGGAGUGACGAUGUCUGUACAGGCCAGACGACAACACAGCAUACAGCAGCCAAUGAGAGAGCCCGGAACAGGAAGCUGAGAUGGAGUUCUCAGGGUGCCCUGCUGCUGCCGGCGUUGCCGUGGGCGACGAGGCCCAGGAGGCGGAGAAGGAGGGCCACGCCCACGUUCUAUUUGAUGAGUUUGUCCAGGCGUCCACCUGCAGAGCGACACUCCGUGCCUUCAACCUGCUGUGUGAGCACCUUCAGCUCACACACACACACACACAGCCACAGACAUACUCCACUACACAGCCGCAGCGGCCUUUCUACCACACCCUCAAAGAGCGCCUCAGCUACUGGAAGGCCAACGCACUGUGGGCCAAACUGGACAAACGGGCGGCCCACCACGAGUAUGGGAAGGGCCGUGUCUGUGCCAACACCACGUGUGUGAUCAUCGGGGCGGGGCCGUGUGGUCUGCGUACAGCAGUAGAGCUGGGGUUCCUGGGGGCCAGAGUGGUGCUGCUGGAGAAGAGAGAUGCCUUCUCCAGGAACAACGUCCUUCACCUCUGGCCUUUCACCAUCCACGACCUCAGGGGCCUCGGGGCCAAGAAGUUCUACGGCAAGUUCUGUGCUGGAGCCAUCGACCACAUCAGUAUACGGCAGCUACAGUUGGUGUUAUUAAAGGUAGCUCUGUUGUUGGGGGUGGAAGUCCAUGUCAACGUAGAGUUUAAGGGACUGGUGGAGCCACCUGCGGACCAGGAGCAACAGAAGGUAGGGUGGAGGGUGGAGGUGAAACCCAAGUCUCACCCUAUUAACCAACUGCAGUGUGACGUGGUGAUCGGAGCUGAUGGACGACGGAACACACUGCCAGGCUUCAGGCGUAAGGAGUUCCGGGGCAAGCUGGCCAUUGCCAUCACAGCUAACUUCAUGAACCGUAACACCACGGCUGAGGCCAAGGUGGAGGAGAUCAGCGGAGUGGCCUUCAUCUUCAACCAGAGGUUCUUUCAGGAGCUACGGGACGCCACGGGAGUGGACCUGGAGAAUAUAGUGUACUACAAAGACGACACGCACUACUUUGUGAUGACGGCUAAGAAGCAGAGUCUGCUGGAGAAAGGAGUCAUUCUGCGGGACUAUGUAGACACAGAAACGCUUCUCUCACGGGGAAACGUGGACCAGAAUGCACUGCUGGCCUACGCCCGCGAGGCGGCGGACUUCUCCACCAAUCACCAGCUGCCAUCCCUGGACUUUGCCAUGAACCACUACGGGCAGCCUGAUGUUGCGUUGUUUGACUUCACCUGUAUGUACGCGUCAGAGAACGCUGCACUGGUCAGACAGAGACAUGGACACCAUCUACUGGUCACACUGGUGGGAGACAGCCUUCUGGAGCCGUUCUGGCCCAUGGGGACAGGUAUAGCACGGGGGUUCCUGGCAGCAUUGGACUCUGCCUGGAUGGUACGGAGCUGGGCUCAAGGCCUUGCCCCCCUGGACUUACUUGCUGAAAGAGAGAGUCUGUAUCGUCUCCUUCCUCAGACCACUCCAGAAAAAGCCAACAAGAACUUUGGUCAAUACACUGUAGACCCAGCUACCCGCUACCCUAACAUCAACCCCCAACUCAUCACCCCCGCACAGGUGGGCCAUCUAAUAUACACAGGAGCGAGUGGCGGUUUGGAUGCGGACCAGGAACCGCGACCCCGAUCCCCCUUGCCGAAGCUACUACGACAGGAGUCCUUCUCUCGCUCCAGUAAGCUUUUGCCGUGGUGCCAGCAGCAGACACAGGGUUACCGUGGCGCUGCAGUUAGCGACCUCACUACUUCCUGGAAGAGUGGCCUAUCUUUGUGUGCCCUCAUCCACCACUACCGACCUGACCUCAUUGACUUUGACUCUCUGGAGGAGGAUGAGGGGGAGGACAAUAUGAGGUUGGGGUUGGAGGUGGCGGAGAAGGAGUUUGGCAUCUCUCCUCUGAUGACUGUAGAGGAGAUGUCGUCGGUCAGUGAAACGGACACUCUCUGUAUGGUCAUGUACCUCAGCCAGUUUCACCAGCUCUUCAAGGACGCACUGCCCCCAAGUGAAUCCCAGACUGAGAGCCUAGAUGGGAGGGCUGCUAUGAUCAGUCCUGCCUCUCUCCUCAGCCGCCUGGGCCACAGCCCAUCCCGCAAGCGCAACCCCAAGGAGCAGAAGGAGAAGGAUGCGGUGGGGAAGAGGAGGAAGACCAGUCGGCCAUGUCUGGAGGACGUGAGACAAAAUCUCAGAUUAGUGGACAGCUAUGAGGAAGAGGCUGCCCUGUGCUCUGUGGGUGGAGCAAGCCAAAGCAGAGUGCGCUCGAUGGCCAAUCAGCUGCUGGCCAAGUUUGAGGAGAACGCCCUUUGCCCCUCCUCCACGCCAGCUGCAGCUCUACGCAGACAGAAAUAUGUUCAGAUGUACACAGGCGGAGUGAGCUCAUUGGCUGAACAGAUAUCCAAUCAGGUUCAAAGUCAGGAGGCACCGUCACCCCAGCACACUCCUAAUAGGAAGGAAUCGGCUGGCGUUCGCUCUGUGUUGGCGGGGGCGGGGCCAGGGCCAGGAGGUGCCAGUGACGUGUGUUUCUUCUGCAGUAAGCGUGUGUACGUGAUGGAGAGACUCAGUGCUGAGGGACUGUUCUUCCACCGGAGCUGCUUCCAGUGUGACCACUGCAGCUCCACCCUCCGCCUGGCCUCCUACGCCUACGACCGGCCUAACGGGAAGUUCUACUGUAAGCCGCACUAUGACCUCCGUCUGGUUGGGCCGGUCCAGAGGAAGAGACCAGCCCCUCCUACCGCCGACCAGCCCCCAACCCCCUACGGACGAACCCCCUCUCAGCGGACCCUCCUGCAGGAAUCCCCAGCUGCUCUGUCCACUAACCCUCGCUCCUCAGUAGCUGUGGUGACAGCAGAUCGCAGGUCCUCAGUGGCAUCUCUGAUUGAGAGGGAGUGUGGCUUGGCUAAGCGCGUGCGCGGCACGCCAGAACGUAUAGAGCUGGAGAACUACCGUGUGAGCCUAGAGACUGAGCAGCUAACAGAUGAGCCGGAGGAAGUGCCAGAGGAGAUGCUGGCCAAUUACAACCUCAGUCUGCUGGUGACAGAGGAGAAGAAGGCUAAUUACAAGCGCAGCCCGUUGCAGGACAAGAGAAACGAGGGCUCCAGUUCAGAGUCAGAGAUGGAGGAGGAGGGGGAGAGGCAGCGGACUUUAACCAAUGACCUGGCUAGAGACUCCUGGAGGAAGGCCAUGGAACUACACGCACGCCUCAGAGGAGAGAGAGGAGAAGAGGAAGAAGAGACAGAAGAAGGAGAGGAGGAAGGAGAGGUUGAUGAAGAUGAUGAUGAGGAGGAGGAGUUAUCUAGUGAUGAGGAAAGAUCAUCGUUGGAUGAGUGGCAGCAGAGCACACACUCUCCAGACACACACUCUCCAGACACACACUCUCCAGGCACACAUUCUCCAGACACACACUCUCCAGGCACACACUCUCCAGACACACACUCUCCAGACACACACUCUCCAGACACACACUCUCCAGACACACACUCUCCAGACACACACUCUCCAGACACACUCAUGCCUGACAUACACACGCCUGACAUACAACUGCCUGACUCGACAACACCCGACACAAACGGUCCACAGAGCCCCACCAGCCUCAGGGCAUGCUGGGAUAGCCUGCCCUGCCCUUCUGUGGAGGCGGAGUCACUGCAAAGCCCCGCACCUCGCCCCGCCCCUCGAUUUGCCCCCGCACCUAUCAUGGCGUCGGCUGUUGUGCGGGGGGUCGGGGGAAAGAAACUGAAACCGUGGGACGUGGGUGGGGGAAGGAGGUCUAUUGCGGGGGGAUCUGUUGGAGGGGGGUCUGUUGGGGCGGGGUCUCUUGGGGAGCAGCUGUGUAAGGGUGAAGGAAUAGACCCCUUAGAGGACAUCAGCCCCCCCUUGUCCCCUCUGAAGCCCCUUAAGGCAGUGCCCAGAGACGAGAGAGAGAUGGAGAGGAGGAGGGAGAUAGAGAGAGCAGCCAUGGGGGUGGGCUGGGAGGACACGAAGAUCCCCCUAGGAAGGGAGCCUCUCCCAGGGAAGAGCAGGGACGGUCUGGACCCCCGCAGACUCACAGAAAGCCUGCCUCCCCUCCUCCUCACACAACUCCAGGGGGGCUCCCUCUUCCCUCCACAUAAGAGCCGCAGGGACAACCAGCCCCCCAGCCAGAGUGUGCCUGAAGCGGGCAUAGGAGAGGGUGGACCCCUGGGCCUGUGGAGAGCUGUCAUCUCUGGCUAUAAGAGGGACAGGAAGAAGAAGGGCAGGACUUCCCUUCCCAAUACGACAACAGCCCCAGCCCCCAAAGAGCAUGGCAGGAGGAAAACUUCUGCAGAGAGAAGAGGUGUGAAGUUCAGGGAGCGCCAGAGCUGGUCGGAGCCGGAGGAGUCAGACAUCACCUGCUCUGUUGUGAUGGAGAGAUGCUCCAUGAACCCCAAGGCCAACAGGCACGUGGGGAAGGAGAAGGAGCGGGACAGCUCCCGCCAUAUGGAUACACAGCGGAAACCAUCGUGCCCUACGGAGGUGGUGGGGGUACUGGUGCACAUGAAGGACCUGAAGGACCCGUCCAGCCUGGAUGUGUCAGAGGCCAUGUUCCACAGAGACAGAGACCCAGAGGAGGAGCAGCUAGAUGCCAGGUUAACACGCAGAGUACAGAGAGCAGCACGCAAACAGGCCAAACAGGAGCAACUCAAGAGACUGCACAGAGCCCAGAUGAUCCAAAGGCAGUUGGAGCAGGUGGAGGAGAAGCAGAGGCAGCUGGAGGAGAGGGGUGUGGCUGUGGAGAAGGCCUUGAGAGGGGAAGCAGACUACUGGGGAGAGUCGAAUGACAGUGAAGAGAUGGACUUACACCUGGGAGUCAUGGGCAGGCAGGAUGACCCAGCUCUGAUGCAGCAGUGGUUCAAGCUGGUCCAGCAGAAGAACUGUCUGAUGCGCUAUGAGUCAGAACUCAUGAUAUUUGCUCGGGAGCUGGAGUUGGAGGACAGACAGAGCCGUCUUCAACAGGAGCUCAGAGAGAGGAUGGCCGUGGAUGACCACCUGAAGGGUGAGGCGGAGCUGGCUGAGGAGAAGCUAAUCCUGGGGGAGAUGUUGGAGGUGGUGGAGCAGAGAGAUGCUCUGGUGUCUCUGCUGGAGGAGCAGCGGCUGCAGGAGAGCCAGGAGGACAGAGACCUGGAGGCCAUCAUGCUGUCCCGGGGCCUGGGCCUGCACAACUGGGCCUGAGCUAUAUCCCGCAGCCUGGGCCUGCACAACUGGGCCUGAGCUCUAUCCCAGGACCUGGGCCUGCACAACUGGGCCUAAGCACAGACACGCACGUCACUUCCCCUCUAAAGCUGCGAUCAGGGUCAUGGUUGUGAGGUCACUUCCCCUCUGAUACAACGUCAUGACCAGGAUCAAGGCGGGACUGUGUCUGGAUGAUCUGUUUUUAGGAUUGGAGAUGUUUCCCCAAUCCCCACUGCUACACCCAUCCUGCUACAUCCCAGACUCACUGACUGAUGGGCCUCUAAGACUGAUGGCUCUAUGCUCUCUAUACUCACCCAGGCUGUUGUUAUGGCAAUAUGUGGCAUGUUUGAAUGAUUUGUAUUGUUAUUUAUUAACAAUUUUGAAAAAUGUAUAUUAUGUAAAAAUAAACAAUACUAAUUUUUUGUAACCUUUUUAAUAUUACAUUAAUUAUAUUUUACUUCAUACAUUGGAUA